AUGCUCUUUCGAAUUGACAAGUUAAUUACCAGACUAUACUCGACAGUAACAUUAUCAAAAAUCAUGAAUAACAAUAAAUGCUACUUCAGACAACAAGAAGAUAAAGUAGACAUCACAUUCAUGUUGGAAGUUAAGGGCUCUGCUCGGCAGUUUAAUUUUAGCCGGAAUUCAACUGAAAGCCUACAAGUUUUGCUUACUCGAAUGAAAACCAACAUUCAAAAAGCAAUGGACAAGGGCAAUAAAAAGAAAAAAGAAAGACAAGAAAGUAGUGGAGACAUCAAAUUAGAAUUUUAUGAUUCCAAUAAUGUUAUUAUUAAUGAAAGCAAUACCUGCCAUGACUUGUUCUCAAUGGUUGGUCCUAUAAAAUUAAAAAUGUCAGAUAAUUUCUAUGAAGUUGUUUUUAAUUCUCCAUGGGUACUCAGUUUAAAUCUGCCUCAGAGCAUUUUAGCUGGCUUUCCAGUGUAUCCAAUUAAUUUUGAGACCCAAUAUGCUAAGAGAGAAAAAUGCAUUUUUAACUGGUAUAAAGGAUUACCAAUUAAUGAGAAAGGAAACUUAGUUAGUGAGCAGCAUAUUCAGUGGGAACUGACCAGUAACAACUAUAUUUAUACACCUUGUGCUCAAGAAGUUGGCAUGAAAUUGAAAUUUGAAUGUAUACCAGGUAAUGAUGAGCUGGUGGGUCCUGCGGUAGAAUCUAUUUCUAAAAAUCUUGUUGAAGCUGGGCCUGGCACAUGUCCAUUUGAAACCAGACACUUGUUUACAAAGCAAAAGUUAAAGCAUAAAAGCUUCAGAUGUGUAUCCUAUAACAUUUUAGCAGAUCUCUACUGUGACUCAGAUCAUACUAGAACAUUUUUAUAUCCAUACUGUCCUGCUUAUGCCUUACACAUAGACUAUAGGAAACAACUCAUAUUAAAAGAAUUAUUUGGAUACAAUAGUGAUUUAAUAUGUCUACAAGAGGUUGAUUCGAAAAUAUUUCAAAGUACCCUUCAACCACUCAUGGACUCUGAAGGCCUAAAUGGUUUAUUUUACAAGAAGGGGAAACAAGUUGCUGAAGGAUUAUCUUGUUUCUAUAGGAGAGAUAGAUUUGAAUUUUUAGGAGAUGAAUGCAUAGUUCUAUCUGAUGCUUUAAAAAGUAAAUCAUGCCUCCAAACAAUUUGGGAGAAGAUAAGAGACAACAAACCACUAACAGACAGAUUAUUAGAUAGGUCAACUGUGGCUAGUGCUACAUUCUUACACUCCAUUGACAAUCCAAAUGAGAUUUUAAUUGUUGGUAAUACACAUUUGUAUUUCCAUCCUGAUGCUGACCACAUUAGACUGCUACAAGGAGGUGCUGUCAUCUACUGGUUAAAGGAAAUUCUUGAUAACAUGAGAUCUAAGUAUCCAGACAAAAGGAUAAGUGUCAUACUUUGUGGUGAUUUCAAUAGUGUUCCUUCAUGUGGCAUUUAUCAGUUGUACACUACAGGUGCUUCGCCAAGUAGUUUGCCAGACUGGAAGUCUAAUAUUAAUGAAGCUGUUUAUGAUUUAAACCUGCAACAAAAUAUUCCUUUAGAAAGUGCAUGUGGCACACCAGUAUACACAAAUUUUACUGCUGAAUUUGCAGACUGUCUGGAUUACAUAUUUUAUGACAAAACUAACUUAGAAGUAGAACAGGUAGUGCCUCUUCCGUCUGUCGACGAAUUGAAAUUACAUACAGCAUUGCCAAGUGUAGUUUUUCCUUCUGAUCACAUAGCUUUGGUUUCGGAUUUACAUUUUAAGUAG